AUGCCAGCAACGAGCAACAUGAUUAAAAACCAUUCCACGACGGCGUUGCGUCAAACAGCCAGUCGUCAGGAGUCAGCACCAGUUCUAAUAACGUCACCGCCACCUGUGGAAAACGUCAAAGGCAAGAAAUCCAAAACUUUGGGUAGAGUGCAAAGUGUAAAAGAUGAACGCGUACCUCCCCUCCCGUCUUGUGAACUGUCGAUAGAUGAUAGAGCACCUGGGGUCAUUAAAAUAUUCGGCGACUCAGUGGUUCAUGGUGCUCAGUACAAAAGCGUUCUUGCGUCAACUAGGUCCACGGCUAUCGAGCUAAUCAAGCAAGCCCUUGAGCGUUAUGGGUUAUCGACAUUUAAUCAUCAAGAUUAUGUUUUAUGUGAUACGAUAGGAAAGCUAAAACCCGUGCCAGAUGAUCCACAUCGCUGGGUGGUGGUUUGUCAAAGAGCUUUGAAAGACUCCGACAAACCCUUGGAAUUCCAGGAAUUUUGGAAACCGCUGGAUGGUUAUUACAGACGGUAUCAGUUGCACAAAAAGUCGGAAUUUCUGGAUGAUAAUAUCGCUGACGAUACAUCUGGUAUAAAUGACAAUGCUCGAAAGAUCAUGAUGUCAAAGGUACAUGUUGGAGCUAUCCCAGUCUCAUCAUCUUGGAGCGGAAGUGAACAUAGCCAGGAAACUGUUCGACAGGACCCAGAUGGAAAGUCUCUUCAGCCUCCGGUUUUUGACACGAGUAGCUAUAAAGAGAAAAUACUAACGCUGCAAUCAUUAUCUAUGUAUCCAUAUUUGUUAACAAUUCGUGGCUACCAGGUGCAUCAUGACCUAGUCUUAUACCCACUUCGCGCCAAAUCUUUAAUCCUUGGACGACAUAAUUCAAAUUCUUCGUCUGCUGAUAUUGUUUGUUUCGCGCCCGAUAUAUUUGAUCAUCAUUGUCGUUUGAAUCCAAGGACUUAUCUCGAUAAAGGAAUUAAUCAACAACUAAAAUACACCUUUUAUAUCGAGCUUGAAGUAUUUCCAGGUGCUCAUGUGACCGUCAACGGGCGUCGAGUUGUUGGAAAAGCGGAACUUCAUUCUGGAGACUUAUUAUCUCUAGGAAAACAUUAUUUAUUCUUAUACAAAGACCCGACUAACGGUUUUGACAUCCCUUCCAAGUUAUCAUGGUUAUCAUCUAAAAGGGAUACUGUGGGAAAACGCUCUUCCUUACCCGUGGAAUAUAGAACUCAUCGCGAAAGAGUCACCGUCUCAACGUCCACUUCAGAAGAACUCAAUACUUCAUCAGAUAACCAUACUUCAUUCGACGUAUCAGACGAUGCGGUGACAUGGACGACAGCACCCAAAGGUCAAACUUUGAACCUAAGUUAUGGUAAAGACCGUGAAGAGGAAGUUUUAACCGCCAUUUCUGGUUUAAAAUGUCUCAACAGACGUGACCAUCCCCUGACAUCCGCCAUGUUGUUUAUUUUAUGCCACGACUGUGCCGUGAGAAAAUUUACGCGUCAUCACACUAAAAACAUGUAUAGGCGAAUGCUGGCAUGCAUACAAAACAGCGUUUCGUCUGUAGCAAGAAGUUUGUCUCAACAGAAGUUUGAUUGUAUAAAACUUACUCUGAAAAAUUCGUCAAAUCACCAAGAGUCCGCCAAUUUGAAACAUCUUAUGUACUGGAUGUCUAAUUCCAUUAGUCUAUAUUGUCACAUGGUCAGUAUUGACACUGAAAAUAGAGGGAGCAGUCCCGAACCAGAAGACGAGACGAACAAUAGUCUUAAAGAGUUUUUAGAAGGACUUGAAGAGAUUGUUAGUUUCUGUUUCCAACAAACAGUAUAUUGCAUAACAAAGGUUCUUUAUCCACUAACCAAUAAAUAUUUGGAUUCAAAUCCCUUUUCCGAAACAAUAUCAGUGGAGACCGACGGCGUUGAAAAGACAAUUUUUAUCCUUCACUCUGCCUUAGAUCUAGCUCACAGCGUUCUGCUUCAUGAUGACGUUAGAAAUCAAAUGAUGACUUAUUUAUUGUUCUUUAUUGGCACAUCUUUAUUUAAUCGUUUGAUGAAAAAGGGUUUAGAACAAGAAUAUUAUAAUUGGACAUUUGGAGUUCGCCUUCAGGCAAAUAUCGGUCGCUUGGAAGAUUGGCUGACAGAGAAGAACUUGGCAACUGAUUUCCAGAAAGUUUGUGGGAAGCUGAUCGCCGUUGCUAACCUUCUAGCAACUUCUAAACAACAACUGUUGAAGAUGGAAAGAGAGUCGAUAAGCUCGGAAUUUUCACAACUGAAUUCAACUCAGAUAUCAAAAAUUCUUCGGGGUUAUCAGAUAGGUCAAGGCCGUCCAGCUCCUGAUCACUGGUUUUCGGCGGACUCAUCAGACGACGCUGAAGAUUUGAACAUCAGCCUUGCUUCUUAUCCUGUAUUUCUUCUACCGACAACUGGACCGGAUGCGGCGUCAAUGACGUAUAAUGAUGAUUUUUACGAGACAUUAGAUCGAUUGAAUGCCGCUUUCGGAUCGGAAGAAGGUGAUGGUGAUAGUGGUUUUAGUGUAAGCAAUACACCGAGACUAACAGAAUCAAUGAUCAACACUGCUGAAUCUAAUGGUAACAUGUUCUACCACACCGAAUCACCACGAGUAACCGUGAAACAGCAUCCACGCCUGCUUCUAGAUAACCAUAACUCAUCUAGUAUCCCUAACUCACCCCGUGCUGGUCACGUCUACCCUCCUUCUCCUCCAGACAAUCUAUCGUCUGCAUCCGACUACUGGGAUUGUGACAAUGACACCACAGAUGACGACACUACGAUAACAUGGCGCGAAAAACCUAAUAACCUUAUUAACCAAUCAGAAAUAUUUAGUGACGUCAUUGAAGAAAAUAUAUAUUUAGAACCUCGGCGUAGAUCGCAGAUUUCAUUGAAUGAAUCUUUUAUCGACGCCCCACCCUCAGAAAUUGAUUUUCAUUCAUGUCGUUCAACGUCAGAUGAACAAAAUGAAUCAACAUACAGUGACAAUUUGACCAAUGGCAGGAGUGAUACAUCACAUGAUGAAGUCGUGACCAAUAAUAUUAGAGAAAUAUCACGUGAUGACCGAAAGAUUUUAAUGAAAUCUGAAAAAAUGGGAGAAAUCUUUACUGUGUCGAUGCAGAAGGGAUGUGGUCCUCUGGGAUUGGGUCUAAUUGACGGUCUGUACACACCUUUAAAAUCGGCGGGUAUAUAUAUCAGAAAUAUCUUACCAGAUAGUGAAGCUGAGAAAUGUGGGCUGUUAGCUGUUGGAGAUAGAAUAAUGGCGGUCAAUGAGACAAGUGUAGUGGGUGCCAGUUAUCAACUGGCAAUGGACUACAUCGUAUCCACUGGAAGAGAAUUACACAUGGUUGUAGCUAGAUCACCUCUGGAUGUCAUCCAGCAUAUAAAGGCUUCUAUCUCGUGAUAUGAGUGGACAUCUCGAUUGGUUGGCUGGUAGAUUACAAGUUAACGUCCGCUUCCACUUAAUUGAAAUCGCAGACGAGAGUGGAUGUCUACAAUCUUGUGCUAUAUACUUCACGGACUUUUAGUAUCGAUUCGUAUUUCGGUUUCGUCCCAAAGUUCGACUUUAAGUGCACCUAGGAAAUUGUCAAGGGAUGAGAUGUGCCAUAACAAAAUGUCGAACGUCCAACGAAUUGGAUAAUAAACACUACCACAAAGGGCGUGUCAAUGCAUCAAAUGGAAGUAAAACCCCAAAAAUUAAUUUAUUGUAAUUAAAUUAUAUUGUAACAAAAGA